AUGGGCCACCGAUCUUCAGGUGCGCCGGAAUUUGAGAAAUAUCAGAUGUUCUACCGCCCGGUCACGACGAUCCCUUCUACCAUUGUCAGCUCUGGCGGAAAGGAGCACGCAUUGCUGAGGAGAUCAAUGUCGCAUGGCUUCAGCGAGCGCAGCCUGCGGGAUCAGCAACCCCUCAUCAUGCAGUAUGUGAACCUCUUCAUCCAGCGUCUUCACGAGAACUGCGUCAAAGACGAACCGAUUGACCUGAUGGCUUGGUACAACUUCACCACGUUCGACAUCAUCGGUGAUCUUGCGUUUGGUGAACCGUUCGGAUGUCUCGAGAGGUCAGAUUAUCAUCCCUGGAUUCGCACAAUCUUCAUCUCAGCUCGGCUUGGGACGGUUGUCCAAACUGCCAACCACUACCCCUGGCUGAAGAAGCUGAUGCUCAACCUGUUGGCGACCAAGUCCGCAAGAGCGAGUCGCGGGAAGAAUCUCAACAACGCCAGAGAGAAGGUUCAGCGACGCAUGGACCUGGGCGGUAAGGGAGGCAGACCAGAUCUCAUCGAAGGAUUGCUGAAGAAGAAGGAUGAACUCGGUCUCUCUUUCGACCAGCUCGCUGCCAACAGCAACACGCUCGUCAUCGGAGGAUCAGAAACAACAGCCACUCUGCUGUCCGGGGUGACUUAUUAUCUAUUGACCAACCAACAUACGCUUGAGAAGCUGGUAUCUGAAGUUCGGUCGACCUUCGAAAAGGAAGAUGACAUCACCAUCAUCUCGGUCAACAAGUUGAGCUACAUGCUAGCUUGCCUGGACGAGGCUCUCCGUAUCUAUCCUCCUGUUUCGAUGGGUCUACCGCGAGUGACUCCCAAAGAGGGCGCUACUGUCUGCGGUCGCUUCAUACCUGGAAAUAUGACUGUCGCCAUUCAUCAAUGGGCGAUACAUCACAACGAAGCCUACUUCAAAGAUCCGUUUAGUUUCCGCCCGGAGAGAUUUCUCGGCGACCCAGAGUUUGCUUCCGAUAACCGAGACGCAUUCCAGCCCUUCCACAUCGGAGCCCGUAAUUGCCUGGGACGAAAGUGA